GUUGUCAUAGCAACCCAAGAAGAAGCGCUCGAGCCUGAAGGUUUGGUUAGCCGUUAUGCUAGUUAACGAGUAGUUUAAAAACACUUGAUAACGAUAAACACAGAUAAUAGGUACUUACUUUAGGUCGUUACUCGUAAUACAAUGGACUCAAUUUCACUCUCAUCUUCUAUCGAACUGGUUGCCGGUAGCGGAUUCGUUUUAAAUGUUGAACAGAGAGCCGCCCUGCAGACUUCUCUGGCAAUUCUGAAGAAAAACUACAAGUUCCAACGAAUUAUGUUUUGGGGAAAAAUACUAGGAAUAAAACAGGACUACUUUAUUGCUCAGGGGAGAGGAGAAGAUGAGGUGCAAGAUAAGAAGUAUCUGUACAGCUUCAACUGCAUGGACUGGUUCCUGCUCUCUUCUGUCACUGACUCUAUGAUCGACGAAGUGUCCAAAGCCGAACAAAGUCGCUUCAUAGGAGACCCCUCAUUUAUGUACAAACAUAAGAUGAGCAGUCAGAGAAAAAUGAGUGGGGCAGAAGAUGAAGCAGUGUCUAAAGUAAAUGAGGAAAUGAGGCUGGCCGUGACAAUCCACCACAUUGAAGAAGAUGUGUCUAUUGCACCUCGUGGCGCCUACAUCAAGAGUCCAUUUGGCCUUGUCCAGAUAAACCGUAGCUUUGGGGGUCUCAAUGACAUGGAAGCAAGGAAACUUGAAAAUUUCAUGCACUUCAGGAAACCCAAGAAUGUAAAGAAAUCCAUCCAGGAAAUGGGCCAAUGGAGCCCAGAUAUUGACUUCCUGGAUGUCCUGAGUGAUGACAUCCCUAAAGGCUCGUGGAGUCUUCAGUUUGAAUCUGCAGGCAAAGUGUGCGUGCUGCGCAGCCUCCUGUGGAUGGGACUGACUUUCUAUCAUGUGCCAAUGACUCAGCAACAUGGAUACGUCUACAUCGGUGAUGGGAUGAAGAAUUUAAACUUGGUUUUCAUGGUGUGAAAGAUAUUUACAUCCUUGAAGCUGCAUAUUCCUCAGGAUUCUAAUUUAUUCUUUUUAAUCUUGAUACUAAAAUAUUAUAGGAAAUAGUAUGUCUACAAGCCGUUUCUUCCUUUAAGUUCUUUCACAAAGGCUAUUCUUACACAGUAAACACAUGUUAGGAGGUAGAAUAAACAAACAUUUUAUUUGAACAUCUGCGUUGCCUUAAGUUUACACAGCCAACAUACCACCUACUUUGAAAACAUAACACUCACCCAGUUGUUGCUAACAUUAAGUUGUCAGUGUUUUCACUUUAAAGGCCUUUUUAAUAACCACAGUCAGAAUAGAUGGUCCUGGGUGUGGAUUCAUUAAAAGUCUGCUGCAGCUCAAUAAACAAAAGUUAGAAUAAAUACAGAUGGUUUAGGUCUCAAGUCCAAGUAAACUCCAGAUACAUGGAGCUUUCUACAGCAACCUUGAUGCCUGAUGGCCCACCUUCUUUGUUCAGCCAAUGUUGUGAUUUGUCAGGCUUCCUGUCGUUCAGUGUUUCAUGUUCAGGGGCUUCAUUGUAUAACGCACAUUGUUCUUAAGUGCUGGGUGGCCAACAUCCAUUUUCUUCUUACACCACUUCAGUCCUCUUUUAUAGAUGGGUUUCACAGAGUCAAUGGACCAGCGAGUCAGGUACCUGUACAAUAAGAUGUAAAAUAAUAAGCAACUUUUAAGUACACUGGACAUGGCUGAAGAUACUGGUAAGAAAUUGGGAAACAGCUGUAUGCAUCACCUGUUAAGUUUUGGCUUUGGUUUCUUUGGGACAUGACCUUCUGGGAGUUUGGGUUUGUGGUCAGGGAGCAGACCUUGAGCACAGAAGAUGUAAUCAACUUAAAAUGUCUAUAAUAAACAGUCAACAGU